AUGUUAGCUCUCCCGGCGGGCAGCCCUUUGGAGACUCUGUCCAAGGUCCCGCUGCGGGCCCGCAACCUGCCCCCGUCCUUCUUCACCGAGCCGUCCCGGGCGGGCGGCGGCGGGUGCGGCCCGUCGGGGCCCGUCGUGAGCUUGGGCGACCUGGAGAAGGGCGCCGAGGCCGUGGAGUUCUUCGAGCUGCUGGGCCCCGACUACGGCACCGGCACCGAGGCGGGCGUCUUGCUCGCCGCGGAGCCUCUCGAUGUGUUCCCCACCGGAGCCGCCGCCCUGCGGGGACCCCCGGAGCUGGAGCCCGGCCUCUUUGAGCCGCCGUCGGGGAUGGUGGGGAGCCUCCUGUACCCCGAGCCGUGGAGCGCCCCAGGCUGCCCCUCAACCAAGAAGCCGCCGCUAGCUGCCCCCCGCGGCGGCUUGACCUUGAACGAGCACUUGCGCCCGCUGUACCCCGCCGCCGCGGACUCUCCGGGCGGGGAGGAUGGGCCCGGCCUUUUGGCCUCUUUCGCCCCCUUCUUCUCAGACUGCGCCCUGCCCGCGCCGCCGCCGCCCCAUCAGGUGUCCUACGAUUACAGCGCGGGCUACGGCCGCACGGCUUACUCCAGCCUCUGGAGACCGGACGGCGUUUGGGAAGGGGCGCCCGGGGAGGAGGGGGCGCACCGGGACUGACUGCGAGGCCCCCUUCCCUCCCACUGAGACUGCUGUGGGAGCUCCCGCCCCCGGGUCUCUCCUAAGCCUAAAGAACGAUGGGAAAGUGCACGUGGAGAUGACACGGGAUUUAACAAAAAAUCGAUUAAUGAAAGAAACUUCAGAAAAAGAGAUGAAGAGGAGUUGGGGGUUGUUUUAUCACAGCCUCAAAUGUUUUUAAAAAAGAAAAGCCGUUGAUAGGUUCUUACUGGAAGAGACGAGCCAAAAAACCAAGACGGUGUUUCGGGAAUGGGGAGGGGAUGGCGGAACGGGCAAGAGGUGGCUUUUGUAGCCACCUGUCCCUUCUCCAAUUUUCCAGCAAAAGGUCAGUGUAUUUAGUGUAAUUGCCCCUUUCCAACAGUGCCCUGUUCCCUCCCCUUCCGUCCCCUUUGAGUGCAUUAUGAAUUAAAGCCUAUGUUGAAAA